AUGAGUACAAUCGGAAUGGAGACCGUCGCUGCUCGGCUCGCCACCUUUUAUGCCACUCACGAAUCGGCACCGAAGGGUAGAGUAUCAAAUGCAAAGGCUACAACGCACAGCGUCUGGCCCCAUGAAAGACCAUCACCCGAAGAGCUCGCACAUGCCGGAUUCUACUACAAGCCCACUCCUCUUAGCCCAGAUAAUGCCGCUUGCUUCCUUUGUGAAAGAGCCCUGGAUGGUUGGGAAGAAGAAGAUGACCCAGUCACAGAGCAUCUAAGACACUCGAGUGAAUGUGGAUGGGCAAUUAUGAUGGAUAUCGUGCGGCGGUCUUCGAACCCAGCAGAAAUAGAAGAUCCUACAAGCGCUAGAAUCGUAGAGGCAAGGAGAGCGACUUUUUCGUCAAUGUGGCCUCAUGAUGGGAAAAGGGGUUGGGUAUGCAAAACGGAAAAGAUGGUUGAAGCAGGCUGGUACUUUUGCGCCCAUGAAGAGAGUGAUGAUUUCGUAAGCUGCGCUUACUGCAAGUUAUCACUGGAUGGCUGGGAGCCAAAAGAUGAUCCUUUUGAUGAGCACUAUCGUAGAUCUUCAGACUGUUCAUUUUUUCAUUUUGCGCUGAAUAAACCAGUGAAAGCCACUCGUGCGAAGAAGACACGAUCAUCGAAGGCAUCACGCCUGUCGACUCAAUCAGUCGCUACAACCGCAUCUGAGGCACCUGAGGUUGAUUAUGAUGACGAAAUGGAUAACAGUAACAUCUCUCAUUCAGCUAACAAAACUUCAAAAAUGACGAGAAAGACAACGAAAUUGAAAGGGAAGAAAACAAAGACCAAAAAGGGAGAUUUUGUUGAACCAAAUCUGCAGGCAGAUAUGGAAGAUAAUAAUGAUGAAGCUCCGGAAACGUCCAGACCGAAAAGAGCAGCGAGGGGAAAGAAGAGAAAUAGUGAUGCAAUGAAUGAAGUUGAAGAAGGGCCAAAUGAAAAGGAUGAUACGAUUGGAUCAGAGCCACCUUCUAAAAGACGAGCCACGAGGUCAGAGAAUAUUGUGGCGAACCAUGUUGUGAACUCGGACAUCAAAACAGUGGAAUUGCCAGUUGCUGAUGAGAAGUCUAUGCAUGGAGAAAAACAACCCUCGCGAAAACCACGAAAAUCAAAGCGAGCUUCCUCAACAACAAGGAAACCACCUACAGCUCCUAAAGGUUUAAGAUCUAGGAUUCCCGACGAUGACGAGAUUGACGCCCAACUAGAGGCGGAUCUCGUCGCGGGCAUUGAAGCUGAUGAAAGAGCAGUAUCUGAACCUGAGCAAACAGACGGACACUCCGCGAGCAAACAGAAUCGUUCAACAGCACCUGUUGCAUCGGUUCAGCCAGCGGCAUCUUCGAUUAUUAAUACCAGUGAUUUUGAAGAAGAGCCGGAUACUAAGACCCAGAGAAUCCAACGUAAAAAGAACUUGGGCAAGAAGAAGCCCGCAGCUCGGAAAAACUCCCGUGCCCAAGUUCAACAAGAACCUGCCAACCCAGAUAUUCACGAAGCUAAGAUUAAACAUAAACCUAUAGCUGAUGCUAUAUGGGGUGGCCUCGAGCAGCAGACAGGAGGCAAUGUGGAGAUGGAAGACGCACUUAUCCCCAAGGAUCAGGAGGAUGAGAGCUUUGAAAAUCACCAACCGAAACCUGUCCCUAAAAGACCUGGGCGACCUAAGGGCUCCACCGGGAAUUCGAAGAAGCAAAAUCAGCAACUGCAAAAUGAGAUUCCAGUUUCUGAAGAGACUACUCCUAUCCCAUCUUACCUCCACGAACCUCCCGUCCAAAACAAAACGAUAAAUGAAAGUCACAAUAAGGCGCUUAAAAUAUCGGGUACAAGCCCUAGCGGCAAGGAACCGCAAGCAGGUCCAGAAACUCAAACGUCAACCAAUGUACCACGGAAGGUCGCGUUUAAAGCAUCCGGAAAUAAUGAUACAUCAUUAAAGCGGAGUGGUACCCAACAACGAUUGAAUAACCCAGGAAUGUUUGAGCGCGCAUCGGACCGGAUAGUUCAAGUCUCUCAUAACCCAAUUUCGCCAAGUGCACGGGUGAAUGAGUCCACGCCGUCUCCAUCCCCGCAAUCGUCCGAUGCAGAGAACAGGCCACCCUCAAGCCGACCAAAUACCCGACCCACCUCGUCAUGUGUUUCCAAACCACAGGCAACUUUUGUUGUGCCCCUUGCGACAAGCACACCUAUCACUUCACCGUCAAAAACAUAUGCACAGUCUGGUCAGCUAAUUACCUCCCAUCCUUGGAGUCCCGUUGACCCAGAUGAAAUUUUCCUCUCGGAUUCGAUCAGUAAAGAGAAUGUGAAUAUCAAUGAUAUUCUUCACGCCGUUAGAGGGGACCUAACAAGCCCAGAGAAACAGAUGACCGUGGAAGAAUGGAUCAUGUGGAAUGCAAAAAAUGGAGAAGCUAAGCUGCGAAGUGAAUGCGAAAGAUUGGUUGGAAUUUUUGAGCGAGAAGGGGGAAAGGCUAUGAUGGCUCUUGAAGGGAUCGAAUGCACUGAAUGA